UGAUUUUUAGGCCAAACUUGAAACUGAAACCCAUUAGUUCAAAUUUAUUAGUUUGUGUGCUGAAUUCUAGUCGACCAACUAGACAAGAUAUCAUUUUUCAAGGACCUCUACUGCGCGACCAAAUGCAUUUUAGCAUCGCGAAUGCACAGUGAUUGUCACAGGACACACGGACGUUAGAGACGUGUUUUUUACAUUCAUAAUCGAUUUCGAUUCGAGUUUUAAUCGUUAGUGGUUUUGUCGAAAGAGCAUCGCAUUGAAUUGAUGUGACAGCUUUUUGUGUGUAUCUUCGAGGGACCUAACCUCCAGGCAUUUUCAACCAGCAAUCAUCGCACGAUGCUCAGGUGACUAUUGGGUGAGGAUGCUGUGAGGAGCCGCAGCGAGAUGAACACGAUCCACGAGGAUGGGAGCGUGACUUCGGCGGCGGACAUGGAGAACAACAACACGAUCAAAUGUUCUCGGGUGCCCUCGACGGGGGUGGCGGGGGGCGAUUCGGGGGACGAGACCCGAGGGCGCGCGGCGGCCGAGACGACGAGCUGCUACGACAGCAGCGAGCCCGAGUCGGGGAUCGGCUCGUCCCGGCAGAACCUGGAGGAGGACAAGACGACGACCGACGACGAGGAGAGGCUCAAGCUCCAGAGGGCCGCCACCGCCGUCGCCACCACCGUCAACGAGAAGCGGCCCACCACUGGAUUCAGGGAUGAUCGCUCCGCACAGCUCAAGCAGCAGGGUGGACGACAGAUAAGCCGUCUCGCAGAGGGUCUCCCGCGGUCCUCGUCCGAGGCCAGAAUCAGGGCCCCCUCAAUGGCGAAAGGGAUGGGGACCCCCGCAGGGCGCGGGCCACUUCGAAAGCCGGACUUUUUCACCCAACAGGGCACCGUAUCUCCGCUCUCAAAGCACCGUAUGCAACACAAACGUCAAGUCACCAGUGCCGAUCUCUACAACAAGAAAAUCCCUGGAGGCACGCUCAGUCGACAAGCCACAAGCGACAGCCUCUUCACAACAUCUGCGUCCAUGCAGUUACAUGGGGAUGCUCCGCCCUUGUUACGAAAAGACUCCAAACAAAACUUGUACCAAAAACAACAACUUAGUGACAGCAAACUAGGAAAUAAAAGGUACCUCCUAGGAUCGAGUUCAACCGGUAGCGAAUUAAGCUUACAGGCAAAAAUGCUUCCUUAUCAUUCGCAGCUAAACAUACCGUUUUCCAAUGGGCCGUUUUCAGGCAGUAGGAACGAUAACAGAGGAUCUCAAUUUUCAUUGUCUAGCUAUCCUUUCCGCAAUGACUGUGAACACAAUAACCUAUCGAUGUAUUCACAGAGCAAUUCUCAUUUAGAUGAGGAGCAGCGAGGAGAAGACAGUCAAGGGUUGACUUGGCGGCGACUUCACAUGAGCCGUGCCAAACUUAAGGCAACAGCCACCACCUCUGAACUUCUCUCCGGUUUUGCAAUGAUAGCAAUGGUGGAACUCCAAAUAAACGAACCUACCAACGUGCCAGAAUGGCUGUUCAUAAUGUUCUCAAUCUGCACUACCAUCUUAGUCGCCGUGCACAUUUUCGCCCUGAUGAUCAGCACAUACCUCCUGCCGAACAUAGACGCGAUCAGCAAGCUCCAGUCGACGAAACUGGUCAAAGAAUCGCCCCACGAGCGAAUGCGCGGUUUCGUCGAGCUCGCGUGGACCUUCUCCACCGUUUUCGGACUCUUCCUAUUUUUGGUGGAGGUGGCAAUACUGUGCUGGGUCAAAUUCUGGGACCACUCCAUCAACGCCGCCAUCGCCGCGACCAUCAUCGUCAUCCCGGUUCUGGUGAUUUUUGUAAUUUUUGUAUUUUACUUCUAUCAUAAUUUAGUCGCUUUUAAGUUCAAGGCGUCCGUGUCCGACGUGAAAGAGCUCGAGGCCAUGAAGAAAAAAUUGGACGAUGCCUCGCCUGCGUGAUUCCUGAAUAAAUCGUGAUUAUGUCCACGAA